UCCGAGCUUCUGCCUAAGCGGUUUCGUGAUUGGCUAUGAUAACAAGUCGUUCAAAGGCGGCUAGACGUUUGAUUGGUCAAAGACAAGCUUCGUCCAUGACUCUCGCGGUACUGCUGUGCGAAGAUGGCGGCCGAGCUGGUGGAAGCGAUGAACAUGGUGAAAAGUUUUCGGGUCUCAGACCUGCAGACGCUGCUUGCCUCAAUGGGCCGCAGCAAAAGUGGACUGAAGCAGGACCUGGUAGGACGUGCACUAAGACUGGUGCAGACGGAGUACAGUCCAGAGCUUCUUAAGAAUGUCAGACAGCUCUACGAAUCGCGCUUUCCCAAAACCUCAAGCUGGUUGGCGGCACGGCGCCCUGAAAGUGUCCCUAUUACAUAUUCAUCUCUCACCUCCUCCACCACUGCUACCAAUCAGGGUGCAGACUACCUCAAUGGCAUAACUAAGCCACUGCCCACACCUGCACUUGAGGUCAAACUGGUGCCACUUCCCUUUUACCAAACAUUGGAGACACUUUUGCCCCCCACUGAGCUAAUUGCCCAGAAUAAUGAAAAACUACAGGACAGUCAUUGUAUUUUUGAGUUGACGCCCAAUCAAGCUGAUCAGAUUAGAAAUGCAAGUGAGAUUCGUCCUGGAAUUCGGUCAAUCCAAGUAGUUCUUAGAAUCUGUUACACAGACUCCAUUGGUGCUCAGGAGGAUCAAUAUCCCCCAAAUAUUGCUGUUAAAGUGAACCAGUCCUACUGUCAUGUGCCGGGAUAUUACCCCUCUAACAAACCAGGAGUUGAACCUCGUCGUCCCUGCCGUCCUGUGAACAUCACACCGUGGUUGCAUCUCUCCAGUGUCACCAACAGGGUCACAGUCACCUGGGGGAACUUUGGGAAGAGGUACUCUGUGGCAGUCUAUUUGGUGAAGGUCUUCACAGCGGCAGACCUCUUCACCCAGCUCAAACUCUGCUCAGUUGAGAGUGCAGAGCGCUGUCGUGAACGCAUUCAAGAUAAACUUCGUUUCGAUCCAGAGAGUGAAAUCGCAACCACAGGUCUUCGGGUUUCACUCAUUUGUCCGCUGGUAAAGAUGCGGCUCGGUGUGCCAUGUCGAGUCCUAACAUGUGCCCACCUGCAGUGUUUCGACGCAGUCUUCUUCCUGCAGAUGAAUGAGAAAAAACCCACGUGGACUUGUCCUGUCUGUGACAAACCAGCUCCAUUUGAGCUGCUCACAAUAGAUGGAUUACUAUCCGAGAUUCUCAAGGAGACGAGCGAGGAGAUUGAAGAGAUCGAAUACUUGACGGACGGUUCUUGGCGACCAAUCAGUGAUGAGAAGGAAAAGGAGAGAGAAAGAGAACGUAGCGACACACCAGAAUACUCCGUCGUUGAUAUAUGUGUCCCCGAAGCAAACGGUCACUCUCCAGCCCACAGCAGCACAAGUCUGACCGGCAAGUCUGGAAGCAGUUCGUCGGGUGGGACGGGAGUGGCAGGAGGAUCCGCUGCAGCGCCAGCUGGAGGUGUAGUGGUAGAUCUGACUCUUGACUCUUCCUCUGAGGAAGAAGGGGGCGGGGCUGGAGGCGACAGCGAGGACACUGACGACAGCGCUGACAGCCCUGCUCCAAAGAGGGGCCGAUACAACUAUGACAAGGACUUGGUCACUGCUUACUGACCAUUUGGCUUUGUUCCCUCAUUGACUGACACUCACACAGAUGAAGAAACUGGGGUUUGAAAUAUGAGGCGUUAUCCUCUAGAUGCAACAACUUUAUCCUAUCACCCCCCCCCCCUGCGGCCGAGCCUUUUAGCUGCUUGGGUUUAUAUCCACACAAGACAAACACUCAAAUAUGCACUGUUUGGCCUGCAGCGAUUCCUCUUUACUCUGGUUGCUGGGAAAACUAACCUUUUGGCCACCUUGCAGUGGAACUUUCCGCCGCCUUGCCUCAACUGAAGAGAUGGAGCACCCUGGCAGCACAGCCCAGAACACCCCUUCUCAUUUCUCUUUAGACUUUUUGAAUUUUCUCUUCUAUCCUCAUGUCUGAAGUAGAUUUACAGGUUCUUUUAGCUUCAGGUGAUCACUUCAGUCACUUGUGACAAGAAAAAUGACAUAAAAGGGGGGAAACAAAUAUUUAAGUUUCAAAACAAUAAAUACAUUUAAGGAGACCAAGAUUGAGAUUUAAUUUAAACAAGAUUUCUUUGGAAGUGAGAGGGAUUUUGGGGUUAUCUGCGGGUGAUUAAAUGUCGGCAAUUCUUUUAGGAACAACGUUAAAGAACAUGUGGAAUUGUUGCAAACUAACAAGAGAAUAAAUUGAAUAAUAUUCACCCCGAAACAUGGGACCAUUAGUUUUCGUUCAUACGAAACUGAACACAAGCUGUGAGGGUCUGGGAAGGUGCCUAUUUAUUUUAAGGCUGAACUGGUCAUGGACAGGUCAUCUGUCAUGAGUUUGGCUGAAUGAAGUGGCAAAAUGUGGUGAUGUGCCUCGACAUGCUGGAAAACCUUUACAUCUCUGAAAUGGACUCGGUUCAGAUUUAUUCUUUUGAAAAAGCAGGAAUUCAGCCCCAUGUAUUUGCCCAAUGGGAACGCCAACUACAGUGAAGAGAAACUUCCCAGACUGACUAGAGAGAGAGAGAGGGGGGCUGGUACAAGGGGGUCAAAUAUUUUAUUUUUAUUUAGUCAAUUUUACACUGGAGUUUUUUUCCUUUUUCAUUUUACAUUACUUAUUAAAUAUUUUCCCAGUCUGAAUUAUAUACCAACUUGGAAUUACCAUCAUAUUGCUGGUUCAUUUACCUGCUGCAGCUCUGCUCAUGAAAGGGACUCCAAUUACUGUAUUGUCAAAUAUUCUGAGUUGAUGGAGAGGUGAGGAGUGUCGCCUCUGUCAGAUCAGCUACUUUGAAACUUUAUUUUCAGUUAAAUACAAAAGCAUAGGUUCAUAUUAAUUUUGCAGGUGUGUUUUUACGUGUUGAAUAUACAUAUCUGGUUCAGCACAGACUGUUGCGGAGUUCAAAGUUGUAAUUGGGUUCAGCAAUGUUAUUUCCUCUAAAUUUUUUGGAUUUGCUUUAAAGCGAUUGCUUCCACGUGUCUGGCACAGUCCGAAGUGUCAAUAGGUGCAGCCCCUCCUAUCUUAAAGCUGAUGAUUGGAUUAGAAAAUGUCCCGUCUGGAGCAAGUGGAGCUGCAUCAACUCAACAACACUCCCACCUCCUGGCCUCACGGGGUAGAUAAUUCUGCACCUUGUCUCAGACUUAAUUGCUACAUGAUGUUAGCGUACAGUGAAUAUCGCUCUGCACAAGCACUUCUGAUGCUCAUUUGUGAUGGCUGCUUGUAGACUUUAGCUCGCCGUGACCUUGGUUUAAAAUCUCAGCGAGAGAAAGGAAGUCGAUUCCAUCUGGUGCGAUAGCAGUUUAUUAUUUCAGCUAUCACGUGGCGAUAUGCACAGUGUCUUUCUCAUUAAAGUUUUGUUUCAAAAAAGUUCAUCCAGAUCAGUUCAUACUGUUUUUUUCCCCCUGCUUGAGCAAACCGGCAAGUUCUCACUAUGAUUCAGUUUGUUUGCUGUCGAGUCUGGGCUUCCACUGUUCUUACCUCCUCGACAGGACUCAUAAAGACCAUAAAGUUGGGAAAUGGCAGCUUGUUGGGAAAACUCAAGUCUCGGAUGAAAGUAAGAGACAAACAAUCUUUAUCUUGUGCUUUCCCUAUUCACUGGACAAGUGUAUAUGUAAUAACUGCAAAUAAAAUGACACUGUUCGCUUGUUCAGUGAUAGGUCAUAGUUUUAACUGGUGUUCUCUCUUUAUUUUUGCGUCAUGGUUUAAGACACGAUGCGGGUCGCUUCUGUGGAACUGAGCCUGAGUUGCUUUCAAGGUGUUUGACUGCGGGGUACCAAUCUGUAACACAAAGUAGCAUGGGCAGAAGCUGGUCACAAUCCAUGAUGUCAAAUGUUUCUUUUACAUGUUCAUAUUAACACAAUAAGAUCUAAAUAA